AUGAGAAUUGACGAGGAUGAAGUCAAAAGGAUCAAAGAAAAGGAAGCUAACAAAGGAAAAACAGCAAUAGAAAUCUUGUUCCAAAAUAAUCAACCAAUAGAGUUCCCAAAGAUCACUAUAGAAGAAACAACUAGUAGUAUUACAAAUACAAUAUUACAAACAUACCAAGAAGCUGAAGUAACACCUGAAGCAGAAAUAGAAGACUAUAUUCCACAA